AUGUCAGUAAACUGGCAGAAUAAACUACGGCAGGCGGAGAUAGACUCUCACCAGAGCUGGCUGGAUGAUUUAGAGGAGCUUUUCGUUAAUGCACACCAGCGUUUCUCUGAUAUAAGCUGGUCCACUCAGAAUGAAGAUGAAGAGAUAGUCCACGCACAUAAAGCUAUCUUAUACGCUCGCGCUCCCUCACAGUUCCUCAGCGCCUACCUUCCAAAACAACCAAACACCUUAGAUACCCAAGACAACUCGAGUAGUUUAAACGUAGCCGUAGCCUCAACUCUGCAGAGAUCACCUUCUCCAACUCCAAAUAGUCUUAUUUUACCAAAGUCAACAUCACCAGCUAUUCUUUCCUCUGCAUUGAAAUUUCUCUAUACAGCGAAUGACGGCGAGAGUUUUGAUUUCCUGUUCGAUCAACCGCUUGUUGAUAGACAAAAUCAGGAUGAAAGGCAAGCAAAAAUGCGUUCAGAUUUGGUCUACAUGUGGAGAUCAACGUUGUUCUCUGAUGUAAAGAUUACCUUAGUCGAUGAUACAGGCGAGGCUCUCAAGAAGCACGAUAGUGACGAUGAUGAUGUCGAUGAUGGGGAGGCUAUCUUUUCAGCACACAGAGCAUUGCUAGCGUCCCGUUCAACGUAUUUUGCUAAUAUACUCUCACCUACGACUGGAUUCAUUGAAUCUUUACAGAAUGCAGAUAGUGGUCCGCGCAGUGUCACCCUCCAUCAACCACCUUUUACACCUGCUUCUCUUCAUUUCGCUCUUGGGUAUAUCUAUUCUGGUACAGUGGCAUUCUCAAACCGCACAUUGGACUUAAGUACUGCGUUUGAAGUGUACGAGGCAGCAGAAUAUCUUGAUUUAACACCUCUUAAAGCUCAAAUCGUUGGGAAGAUAUCAGAGAUGGUAAACUACUUUGAUUUUCCAUUUACAGCUAAUCGCCAACUGUUGAUUAAGCGUAUACCACGGAUAUUGGAAUUCACAUUAAGACCGACAAUAAAUGAGCCUGAAUUGGAGGCAUCGGUUUUCGAAUUGUGUGUUAAGGGUUUUGGAGAUAUUUGGGGUAAAGACAUAGCAGAGUUGCCAUACCCAACACGUAAACAGCUCGUAUCAUCUGUAAACCUCGGUAUUAGUUCACACACACUCAUACCAGCAUUAAAGGCGGUUAUAGCUAUACAAAACAGACUCAAAAAUGAAAUGCGCUUCGCUAAAUGGGUGAAUGAAUUAACUAAUAUGGUGAAUGCAGUUGAUAAACACAUAAGAAGGUGUCUUGAUGCUAACCUCGGCGAGGUACUCGAUAGUGAUAAAUUCUGGGAUCUUGUCGACGGAGUUGGAUUCUCAAAUGAUGCUUUUGAGAAACUCUUAGAAAUGAUAAUUGAGAGUCUCAAUGACGAAAAUUGCAUUUUCAGUUAUCAGUCCUUCACCAGUAAAAUACUUCGCAAUGAGAAUGAAAAUAGGGUUCUAACACCAUCUAUGCGCGAAUGGUGUGACGAAAUAAGGAAGAAGAUAGUAAAGAGCGUUAGAAGUCGCUGGAUGAAUGUAAAAAGCCUUGGUUUGUUCGAAAAACUCGAGAAGUGGUGUUUACAGGAACUUAGCGAAGAAUUGGGUGUUGGUGUCGAUGAACUACUCCCACCAAAGCAAACUACUCGUCGUUUUGUGAAGAAGUCGACAAGUAGCGUUAGAAAAGAAGAUGAUGGGACUGAUUUGCGUACUAACGUGCUAAGGAAUACGGGUAGGCGUGCCACCAGCACGAUGAACGCUAGACCACCCAGAGCACAAACACAAUCGACGAGCGUAGCUACCACAUCUCAUCAAACACCUCCAAAAGCAGUCAUACCACCCCGUCGAGCGGGCAGCUUGAAUACGACGAUGUCAGCAGCUAGUACAACUCCAACAACUGUUCGGAGUGGGCGUUCACCUGCACAAAGCGGUAGUCCAAAUAGUAGAUAUCCAGGAGGUAGACGACCAAUCGCGCAAUCAUCGAGCGCAUCUAUCAGUCCAUCCAUGCGAUCCGCAGCUAGUGCAGCAAGUCGGGCGUCAUCUACGACUACAUAUUCUAAGAAUAACGCUGAAACACAGAAUAGCCCUUCAGUUGUUAGGUCCAAACCUAAAACAGGGUCACAGAUACCAAAACCGUCUUCAACACCGAGGACAACAACGCCGUCGAUUAGCAGUAAUAGAAGUGCAAAUAUCAAUCGACGUAUGAGUACGCCUUCGCCUUCACCAAGUCUGAUACCAACACAUACCAUGCGCAUGCGCAGAAUCUCUACGCCUAGCAAGACAACUAGAGGCGAUGGUGACAUGAUGAAGCAACAACUUAGUGAUAAAGAGAAGGGGAAGGACAAUGUAAAGAAAAAAGCUGAAGGGAGUGUCAAAGAAAGUCAAGAAAAGGACAUCUCUGGUAACACUAAAAAUGAACCCGAAGAUUCAAGUGUAAUUGGCCUGCGAAAAGAAAAACUUCCAAGUCAUAUACAGAAGACAAAUCAGGGUGGUCCACGCUUGCGUCCACGCCCUCAUUCGCAAUCCGGUAAUAGUGUACGCUCAUUGGCGGCGAAGUUUGAAAGCAAUAGUGGGGACAGCAAGCUUGGUCCUCGUCCUUCGAGUGUGACACCAAUUGUUGAGCAGGAUACAAAGAAAGACAUGGUAGAGGAUUCAAAGGAAAGUAAUAAGGAGGACGCAAAAGAAGGUGGCAAAGAAGUCGCCCCAGAGGUCACACAAAGCGAGAAGUCUGAUAAGGAAAAUACCAACUUAAGUUCUCUUGAAACACCUCAGAAGAAACCAAAAUCAACUGUUGGUCGUCUACGUUCUGGUACCUUACGACAACAUGAAAAUCCAUUGGAAGACGCCAACGCGACGCCCCGUGCAGUAUUGCAAAGCGAGAGUGGUAACAAAUCGCCAACCAACUCAGAACACAGAUUGAGUAACUUGAGUCUCGUCGGUGGAUUAGGCGAGGGUGAAUCUGACCCAGAAUCAGUUGCACCAUCGCGUAUACCCUCCUUAUCACUAACUGAACGCUCUUUAACUACGCAAAAAAGUAUGAUGUCUCUCGUUGAGCAUGAUCCUGACCAAGGGAAAGAGCAGCAAUGCACAACUCAGGAGACUGCACCAAAGAUGGUCAUAAAAGAGCAAAAAACGGUAGAACCUCAUGGUGUUGCUCUCACAGUUGGUAUACCAUGCAUUGUGGCUUGUAAACCUAAACGUAGAAAAUCAGGCGCGUCUAUACGUUUUAGAGCUUUAGUGAGAUACUUAGGUACAAUUGCGAACGAAUUUGGUCCUUGGGUUGGCGUUGAAAUUCCUUCAGAGGAAAUUACAGAGGAGAAAUUCAACUCUGUAUCUGGAUGGAAUGAUGGAAUGUUACAUGAAAAGAGAUAUUUUAGCUUGCAAGGGGAGAAAUGGAAUGCAAUGGAGCCACGUCGAAGCCUAACAAUACCAAGUGAGGUGGGAGGCAAAAGCAGGGUGCCUAAAAGGAGCAUAAGUAGUAGUACUAGAGCUGUAUCGGGUAUGUCCAGUCUCUCUGAGACAAGCCCAAUAGAAGAAGACAAGAAGACACAACCACAUAAAGCGCUAUUCGUUAGACCGGCUAAUGUCGUCUGGGUUGUGAACACCUAAGCGGAUAGAGUAGAUUACUCACAUUUUAAUAACUGGAAUAUAAUAACACUCUUUACGAUUCUCUUUUAAGUUAUCACACUCAUUGUAAUCUUAUUAAGUCAUUUUAGAUUAAUAUCC